AUGGCUUCUCUCACCCCUUUUGCUCCUGCUCACUCCAAGUCGGCUAUCCCUCGGUUCACCACUUGUGGUGAGCUGCACUCACGGGACUCGUCUCCUUCCUCGUGCGACUCCCCCAACGGGUCGAGGUCGAGCAGCCAUCGCCGCCCAUCUUUCGGCUCCAUCAAAGAAGACGUUGACGGCAUUGCGCAAUCGUUUGUGGACAGCCACCACGUCCCAUCGCCCAAGGAGCCCCGCAAGCUCGAUCCUCCUGCCGUCGAGAUGCAACAGGCCCCGGACUUUUGCUGCCCCUGUGGUGGUUUCCUGGGGUGGAAGCAGAUUCGACUGGGUGGGAAGAGUCUGAGCCGCAGCUAUGGUGAUCUCCGGAUGUUAGGGAGCAUGCAAGCUCGCGGGUGGGCAUGGGAGACAACGGAUGAAGGACGGGAGCUGCGGCCGCCCAAGACCCCCGAGCUGGUGAAACAGGCUCCGCCGCCUGGGUCGUCGGCCAUGGAGAAGCUUCCGCCGGAAGUGCUGGAUCAAAUCAUCUCCAAUCUGGCCCUGGAUGUACCGCCUAACGGCUAUACGCCUCGGAAUGUCGACCUGGUCUCGUGUCUCCUGGCCUCCCGCACGUUGCACGCGGCGACCUUGAGCGUGUUGUACAGGAACAUGACCUUCCCGCACUCCAUUAUCUUUUCCAAGGCACUCAAUCAUAUCUCGCAGUACCCGGCGCUCGGCACCCUGGUGCGUCGCCUCGACUUUUCGCAUUUCACAUCCGUCGGCCUAGGUCGUACCAAGCAGAUGAAUGCCGAAAUCCAGAACCUGACCUCGCGGACACUGCUGCAAUGCCUGGAUAUGUUGCCCAACCUCAAGGAAUGCUUGCUACAGGAGCACCUGGAGGGUGACAUUAGUGUGGAUAUUGUGCGGAAGCUAUUCAUGGGCUUGCCGAACCUGCGCGCCGUGGAUUUCUGCGGCUGCUCCACCCAAUCCUUUUCCCAGGUCUUCCAGGAGGCUCUGACAACUGAUCCCGCCCUGCCUUUGAGUCUGCCGAAUUUGAAGCGGCUCUCACUCCACGAAUGCAGCACUCUUCCCGCCGGCAUGUUUGAUUACCUCCUGCCGCGACUGACCAACUUGACACACCUCGACCUGACCCACACCCAGGUCAACGACUCCGCCCUCGCUCUAAUCCCGGAGACGGCCCGUAUCACCCAUCUGGGUUUGUCUCGGUGCACACGUCUCCGCAGCUCAGCCUUGGUGGAAUUUCUCACAACUCACCCCGCCGUCCGGGAGUCUCUGGUGUAUUUGAACCUUUUGACGGACCCCACGCGUUUUCGCCUGCUGGAAGAGGAAGAUGUGACGGCACUGCUUCCUCAUCUUCCGAGCACUCUUCGCUCCCUUAACUUGGGUGGUGCAAAGGUGACCUCCGAGCAUGCACCGCUGCUGGUCCCUCUGACCAAGCACCUGGAAGAGUUGGGCUUGAGCUCCGCCGAUCUUUCGGUCAAGGACGUGAAUCUGUUCUUUGCGCAGCCUCGAGAUGGCGUUCAGCGUGCCCCCAGCACUCUCUGCUACCUUGACCUGGCCAAGGUGCCGCAGCUGACCAUUGGGGCGAUCUUUCACACUGGCUCCUGUUCCUUGCUGACGGAGCAGAGCUAUCCGCUGCAGGUGAUCGAGUUCAGCGACAAGAUCAUCACCCCGUUGCGGGAGCGGGCCAAGACCCAGCGUGUAUCCGUUAGCUGGACGGUGCGCGAUCUUGGCCGGCGUGGCUGGUACGUUCGCGAUCCUGCCUCUAUGCCUCACGAGCCCCUUGACGAUGGCUCUCGCUCCUGGAAGAUGGGCGCCCGGUGGUGGGGAAUGCGCAAGAUUCCCAUGGCCGUCGGCGAUGUCGGCGGCAUCUACGGACACUACAUGUUCAAAAAAUGA